AUGUCCGAAGGCAGUGAUGAAGGACAUUCUUUGUUACCAAAUGAUAGAGAUUUUGGCGUGGUAGAAAUGUCGUUAAAAAAAAUAAUUUACUGUUUGUCCCCCAAGAUUAUUAAAAUAUUAUCAAAGAAGUGCCGGAAAGGUAAUAACUUUAUUGUAAAUGAAAUGAAACAAGAAGAUUUUGUAUCAACAAAAUUAUUAGAAGGCGCUAUUUUUAAAAGGGGUAGACCAAGAAAGUUCGAAAAUAUUGUAUUGACACCACUGUAUAAAAAUAUCAGACAAAUUACAACAGCAAAAUUCAAGGACAUAAUGGACCUAUUACGAUACAUACCACCGGACCAUCACGAUUUCUUCAAAUUCCUUUCACACACACAAAAUGUAGAUGAGCAUCGCAAAGAAGGUUCUCGCGAAGGGUGGCAACGCGAAGGAGAAAGCCUGUUGCCCCAGGAGAGUCCGUACGGCCUCACGACGCGGUCCGACGAGUGGAGCGGUCUCCUGCCCAGCUCCACGAUCGUGGGUGCUGGGGGGUCGCCAUGGCUCGGACUCGGCGCAGGGGGUGGCACGGGGGCUACCACCGGGGGCGGAAGCCCCGUCGAACUCGAGGGCCACUGGGGACGUAAGCUGUACGGGGCGAGUGUAGCUCCACCACCGCCGCCGCCUCAUCACCACCCGCGGGCGCCGCUCGUUUUCGCGCCUCAGGACAUGAGGCAGAUACUCAAGGAGGAACCCGUGCCACGUGCUUGGCCACAGCCCGCGCUUGCCGACAACGGAACGGUCGGUGCCGGCAGAGCACACUUUGAAAAACAACCACCGAGUAAUUUGAGGAAAAGUAAUUUCUUCCAUUUCGUGAUCGCUCUUUACGAUCGACACGGACAACCGAUCGAGAUAGAAAGGACAGCAUUCAUGGGUUUCGUCGAAAAAGAUCAGGAGUCUGAGGGACAGAAAACGAACAAUGGCGUCCACUAUAGCCUGCAUCUGCUGUACUCCAACGGUGUCAGACAGGUGCAGGAUAUCUACGUAAGGCUCAUUGAUUCUGCAACGAAACAGGCUAUCAUGUACGAGGGACAAGAUAAAAAUCCGGAGAUGUGUAGGGUUCUUCUUACCCACGAAGUGAUGUGCAGUCGGUGUUGCGAUAAAAAGAGCUGCGGAAACAGGAACGAAACACCAAGCGACCCUGUUAUCAUCGACCG